CGCCUCGAUUUCAUCUAGCAUGCUAAUGGCGGCCAUUUGUAGCUGAUGGUACACCUACAACCUUGGUUAUAAUUGGACAUUUGGUUGCUGUUGCUGAUUUUACACUUCAAUAGAUCUUGCCCGUGGGUAGAUGCUCCAAUAUGCCAGCUGUGAAAGGGGAUGGUAUGAGAGGACUUGCAGUCUUCAUUUCGGACAUCAGAAACUGCAAGAGUAAAGAAGCUGAAAUUAAAAGAAUCAACAAAGAAUUGGCCAACAUCAGAAACAAGUUUAAGGGAGACAAGACCCUCGAUGGCUACCAGAAGAAGAAAUAUGUCUGCAAGCUGCUGUUCAUCUUCCUGCUCGGACACGACAUUGAUUUCGGUCACAUGGAGGCAGUCAAUCUUCUCAGCUCCAACAAAUAUACAGAAAAACAGAUUGGCUACCUGUUCAUCUCCGUGCUCAUCAGUGCUAGCAGUGAUCUCAUGAAGCUGGUCAUACAGUCAAUCAAGAAUGACCUCGGCAGUCGCAACCCCAUCCACGUCAACCUGGCACUGCAGUGCGUCGCCAACAUCGGCAGCCGUGAGAUGGCCGACACUCUCAGCUCCGACAUUCCUAGGCUGCUGGUCUCGGGCGACACGAUAGACUCCGUGAAGCAGAGCGCCGCCCUGACCCUCCUGAAGCUGCUCCGGUCCUCCCACGACCUGAUCCCCAUGGGGGAGUGGACGUCCCGGAUUGUCCACCUGCUCAACGAUCAACACAUGGGCGUUGUGACGUCUGCAGCCAGUCUGAUUGAGGCCCUGGUCAAGAAGAACCCAGAAGAAUACAAAGGAUGUGUCUCAUUGGCUGUGUCCAGGCUCAGCAGGAUUGUGACGUCCUCCUACACAGAUCUCCAGGAUUACACAUACUACUUCGUGCCAGCGCCAUGGCUCUCCGUCAAACUCCUGCGACUCCUGCAGAACUACCCCCCUCCAGAGGACCCAAGUGUGCGGACCAGACUUACCGAGUGUCUGGAGACAAUCCUCAACAAGGCCCAAGAACCUCCAAAGUCCAAGAAAGUCCAGCACUCCAACGCCAAAAACGCUGUCCUGUUCGAGGCCAUCAACCUCAUCAUCCACAUGGACAGCGAUCCCAACCUUCUUGUCCGAGCAUGUAACCAGUUGGGACAGUUCCUCCAACACAAGGAAACAAACCUCAGGUACCUUGCGCUGGAGAGCAUGUGUCUGUUGGCCACGUCCGAGUUCUCUCACGAGGCAGUCAAGAAGCACCAGGACACGGUCAUCACUGCCCUCAAGACCGAGCGGGACGUGAGUGUGCGGCAACGGGCGGUGGACCUGCUGUACGCCAUGUGUGACCGCACCAACGCGGAGGAGAUCGUGGGAGAGAUGCUAGAGUACCUGGAGACGGCCGACUACUCAAUCCGGGAGGAGAUGGUUCUCAAGGUAGCAAUCUUGGCUGAGAAAUAUGCAGUAGACUACACUUGGUACGUUGACGUCAUCCUCAACCUCAUCAGGAUCGCUGGAGACUACGUCAGUGAGGAGGUGUGGUACAGGGUCAUACAGAUUGUCAUCAACCGGGACGAUGUGCAGGGCUACGCUGCAAAGACAGUAUUUGAGGCCCUGCAAGCACCUGCCUGCCACGAGAACAUGGUGAAAGUCGGGGGAUACAUCCUGGGAGAGUUUGGUAACCUCAUCGCUGGCGACCCAAGGUCAAGCCCGGUGGUGCAGUUCCAGUUGCUCCACUCCAAGUUCCACCUGUGCGGCCCGGCGACCCGCGGCCUGCUCCUGUCCACGUACAUCAAGUUCAUCAACCUCUUCCCAGAGAUCAAACCCCAGAUUCAAGAUGUGCUGAAGAGCGACAACAACAUGAGAAAUCCGGACGUAGAGCUACAGCAGCGUGCAAUAGAAUAUCUCCAGCUGAGUUCAGUUGCCUCUCAAGAUGUCCUGGCUACAGUAUUAGAGGAGAUGCCCCCAUUCCCAGAGCGGGAAUCCUCCAUCCUGGCCAAGUUGAAGAAGAAGAAGCCGUCAAGUGUCCCGGAGCAGACUGAGGCCAAGGAGCAACACCGACUUCCUGCCGCCCAGAUGAACAUCAACGCUGCAGACUCCCAGCCUCCCCCCGUCAGUGUUUCAUCACCAACAAGUUCCGGGUCUGCAAUACUCCUUGAGCUGGACUCAGCGGCACCGACAUCAGCUCCGGCACCCUCGACUGGAUCAGCAGGGUACCUGGUGGAUGUCUUCGACUCGCUGGGAGGUGGGGGAGGGGUAGUCGGGACGUCUAAUGGCCUGGAGUCCAAUGGCACGGCAGCGGGAGACGAGGGCCUCAGAAAGUUCAUCUUGAAGCACAACGGGGUGUUGUACGAGAAUGACCUGCUACAGAUCGGCAUCAAGUCGGAGUUCAGACAGAACCUGGCCCGGAUCGGUGUCUUCUAUGGGAAUAAAACAUCAUUCCAGUUUACUAACUUCAAAGCUGACCUCAACACAACAGGGCCACUUGCUUCAGCUCUCCAGAUGACGCCGAAGACUGUGGAACCUACAAUAGAUGGUGGAGCUCAGGUGCAGCAAAUGUUCAACAUAGAGUGCCUCACUGAGUUCUCACAAAACCCAACUCUAGAUAUGUCAUAUAUACACAGCGGGGCAGCUCAGAAAAUGACCCUGAAGCUACCGGUGUUCCUCAAUAAAUUCAUAGAACCUGCAGAAAUGAACUCGGAAUCAUUCUUCACAAGGUGGAAAGCACUUAGCCAACCAAGUCAGGAGUGUCAGAAAAUAUUUAAGGCACUGUUUCCGAUAGAUACAGAACAAACAAAGGCAAAGCUCAUAGGCUUUGGAGUUAGUAUUUUAGAAGGUAUCGAUCCCAACCCUGAUAACUUCGUGUCGGCUGGCAUCCUGCAUACACGGAACUUACAGACAGGCUGUUUGGUUCGACUAGAACCCAAUAAACAAGUAGAGAUGUAUCGGCUGACUAUCAGAUCAACAAAAGAUUCCGUAGCAUCCAUAUUAGGCGACUUGUUGGAGGGACAGUUUUAAGGGACUUGUGUUAUACAAAUCAGUUACACCUAGGCGUAUGUUGUGUGUUAGCAGUUGUCUCACUCGGCGUCGGCAUCGACGUGGAGAACGCUUGGCAACUUCGUCAACCGACCUAGGGUGGUGCUCAUAGAGUUUCCAUUGAUGGUCACUUGACAAGGCAUUCCUGAUUGUAUUGUCUUUCUAAUUGUCCAUGGAUGCAGUUCAGAUACAUCACAAGGUACCGCCGCCACGGGACAACACAAGUCGGAUGAAAUAUCUGUGCACUGCAUGCUGGGAGUAAACAAAGGCUGUUACUGUAUGGAGAAGACCCCUAGGAAAAGCUGGAACUGGAUAAUAAGAUGAAUAAAUUACUUCAGUAUCAAGUGUUACUGUAAGAAAUGAUUACUGGGGACUUUGUCUAAACAUGACUUCUUCGGGACCCAAAGUUAAGUCCGUUGUUGAGACAGGUCUGGGUGCUACGACUGUCGUAAGUCUAUGUUAAGGUAUGGGGGUUACGAUCAUCUUAGCGCUAAGAUCGCUUUGUACAACGGCACCCUGGACUAUAGCUGAAGAUAAAGAAAUAGAAAAUAAAGAUGAGGUUGAACGAAGUAUCAUAUAUCAUGGUAAAUAUGGAAGCGUACGUCUGGUCCAGUAUUAACAAGCCCGGAUUAGUCUGGUUUCCACAGAUUCCAUUGCAAUUGUUUGUUGAUUAAACUCAUAUAGUGGAGUUUUCAAGAAUAUAUUUGGAUAAUUUCAGGCCAUUUUAUCAUGUUGGACUCCUGGUAGUUACUUAGUGCUGGAGCGGUCAGUGAUGUAUUUUGUCUUGUGUUGUGAGUAGUGGAGGAGGCUGUCUAGUCGUCCCACAUUGUGCAGACAACACCAUGUGGUAAACAUAGCUUGUGUCCUCAGUGACCUCACAAGCCUCAAACAUUGUUAAACAUAGCUUGUCUUCAGUGACCUCAAGCGUCAAACAUUGUUAAACAUAGCAUGUGUCCAGUGACCUCACAAGCAUCAAACAUUGUAAAACAAAGCUUGUCUUCAGUGACCUCAAGCGUCAAACAUUGAUAAACAUAGCAUGUGUCCAGUGACCUCACAAGCAUCAAACAUUGUAAAACAAAGCUUGUCUUCAGUGACCUCAAGCCUCCAACAUUGUAAACAUUCAGUGUCUUGAAUCCUAUGUUGGUAUUCAGUAUGUAACUCUGUGUCCAUCUUUUAACACUGUUCAGACCAGCUUCGGAAAGCUCAGCCAUCUGUCUCAGUCAUGAAUAUUGACAGCAGUAGCAGGUUUUGAAAGUAUCUACAUCAGCUUGUAGUAUUAGCUGUUUCACCAAGGCGAGUGUGCUGGGACACAAGCUAGGUCAAAUAUAAACGUCACAAUUCAACUGUCAUGGUGGAGGUCACCUCAUGUGGUGAUCAACUCAAGGGCUUGUCCCCAGAAGACUGGAAAACGCAACUGUUGGCGUAACCAGUUUGGCCAUUGUGACAAGCUGACCGACUCCAACUACAAGAUUCCGAGUCACAAGACUUUAAAUGUUUGUUGUAACCUGUUUGGUGAUAGCAUAUAGACAGGGAUUCCGAUAUCCAGAUCACAUGGCUCUGAGUCCGAAGUCUUGAACAGAACUACAGUGGGUAGUUGUGGAUCAGGUUUGAGGACAUGUGAGUGUUUCACGUGAUGACAGUUUGUUAUAUUGUGGACACUGGAGGUAUAGUAGAUAUGAGCUGUACAGUACAUGUUCGUUGUAGAUAUGUUAGAUCUAUUCACUGCUAUGAAAUGUUUAGUAUAAAAAGGCCUUUGAGAAGCGUCUGUCUGUGUUGGUGUAAUUGCAGCAUGUUUACAUUAUACAUAGAACACACUGGCAGACUUGUAGUUACGAGACUGCAAUUGUUAGAUAUGUUACCAUGGUUACAUAGAGAAUCUGAUUAUUUUCAUAGGACUCCGUCCUGUAACAUUUAGAUGGAAAGAUGCUUGCAUGCUUUGAAAUGAUUGAGAAAAGAAACCAAGAAGUUUGAAAUUUGCUCCUGCAUGUUAGUAUCUUUGGGCAUGGGUGGUUGAGUAGUCCAGGAUGGUUCAGAGUUUCCCAAUUUGAUCGUCUCUCUGUGAUUUGAAUCCCAGAUGCUCCUGAUAAAUGACCUUUGGUCUGCAUGAUCCUUGAUCCUUGAUCUGUUUUUGAUCUGUCAUGAUUCUUGAUCUGUCAUGAUCCUUUAUCUUUGGCCUGUCAUGAUCCUCGAUUUGUCAUGAUUCUUGAUCUGUCAUGAUCCUUGAUCUGUCAUGAUCCUUUAUCUUUGGCUUGUCGUGAUCCUUGAUUUGUCAUGAUCCUUGAUCUGUCAUGAUCCUUGAUCUUUGGCAUGUCGUGAUCCUUGACCUGUCUUCAGUUCGCCUUCAGCUCGUGGGUUCACCAGACUUGCAUAUCUGUAAUCUGCAUCACUUUGGUCUGUCCUCCUCCCACAUGACACCGGCGCGCUAUGUAACUGUUACUGAUGCUACAGUUCAGGUCAUGACAAAAUGUAACCCAACACAGCCUCUCUUCCACUAUGGAGGAGAGCAGAUCUUAAGAGUGAAUGGUCAAGUGGUCAAUUUGCUGUCACAGCAGUGCACUGUGGGAAGGCUGAAGAUCAAGACGUGAACAUAGUUUAGCCAGCUAGUAGACAAACAUUCCCUUUGUGUUGAGGGCCAGGCAGCCCUGACACUCAAGGGCGCACCAGCCUCGACUUUGCACACUUUUGUAUUUUUACAAACUAUUGUUAAUGAUUUGUUGACUUGUGAUAAAUUGUUUUAUGUAAAUCUCUGUUUAAGGAACGUGUGUUAAAGGAACUAGCACUGUUAUGUACCAGUAAGUGGAGGUUUCUGAGCUAUAAAAUCUUUAGUUUGCUAGCUAUGUCUUCUUGUGAUAGUGAUAUUAUGGGUGAGAUAGUUGUUCAGUGAGAGAAUUUGAUCAUAGAGAGUUCUAAGACUAAGUUUCAAGGAGUCUUCACAGGCAGAAUCGUCCUGAUCGGCAAACAUUUAAAAAAUCAUUAUUGUAACUGUUGAUAAUUUGGUCAAAACUUGGAUAGGAUUUAUUCAUUGGUACAAAUUCAACUGAAUAGUGUGCUACAUGAGAACAUCCCAAAGUUUUGUUGAUGGCCUUUGGAAUAUAUUUUGUUUUAUAAGCAGGCCAUGUGGAUGGUGAUGUCCUGAACAGAAGUCAUUGAUCUUUUGUAGGUUUGAUGUAUGAGACCUGAACAAGCUUGCUGCUACUUGUUUACUGUGUAUAUUCAUGGAUUCUGUUCUUUAAAGAAGCUUGUGCUCUUGAAAUGAUAACUGCAAUGCUUUGCUGGUGUAUAAGAACAAGUGUUGCAUGUCCAGAGGGUUGAGUGAAUCACGUGAUGUGAAAGGUUACAAUAUGUUAUCAACCAUUGUUAAAUCUUAUUGUUUUCUUCUGAUUUGUAAAUUUUAUGUAUACUUUGUACAUUGUGUCCUAGCCUUCUAUAGCUAGCCUUGCUCUAUGUACUGAGGAAAUGUAUAACUAUAUUUAAUUGGGUGACAAACUCUCCUCACCUAAAUAUUGUAUAUAGCUCUAUAUAUAGGCUUGUAAAUGCAUGCUUAAAGUUUAGUUAGGCUACAAAGAGAUUUGUGUUUGAUCAUGCAAUGCUGUGUGUGUUGAACAGCACCCGGAGGUGGAGUUGCAGGCUGAGGUUGGGAUGAGAGGCAAGGGGAGGUUACCUCUGAAAUGUUUCCUGGAAUGAAGGUGUUAUGGCAUGAGGUGUUGCUUCUAUUAUCAAUGUUAUCAUUAUGCAAUGGCGGUCAUACUGAAUCAUUAAAAAGAGCAAGGAAAACAAAGGCCUUCAAGUUGUUGCUACACCUUCCUUUCCAGCGUCCUUCUUGCUUACUCAUGUAAUAAGCCUGCUGCUGCUUCUGUCUGAGCCUGCUAGGAUGACCAUUGACGGGUUACGGUGUCAGUUGGUAAAAGAUUCAUAUCUUUCUCGUUUACAUUCCCACUUCACGUGCUAAUCCUCAAUAUUCAUCCAUCCCUUCGGCUAUUUUCAAUCCUCUCCCAUCUCUUUCAACAUCUCCUUGCCCCAAACUACCCUUCACCUAACCCACCCUUCACCUUACCUACCCGUCACUAAACUUGCCCUGACACAACCAACCCCUCACCCACUCAAAUCCUCCCCCAAUAACCCUCGUCCUCCCAUCCCCUCGAACCAAAGUCCAUCCCUCUUGCCCAGCCUCCUUCCCCUGAGCUCCACCUCCCCUCCUCCCCAUAGCUCCACCUCCCAUCCUCCCAAGAGCUCCACUCCCCUCCUCCCAAGAACUCCACUCCCCUCCCAGCCAAUACCACGAUGCAUUAUCUGGCCUCCUCCUGGCAUUAUUCCUGUUUCCCUUCCAUGCUUAUUAACAUGCUCUGAAUGUGAUACUGUAUUUAGAUACACACACCAUAAUGUUAUUUAAUGUACUCAUGGUCAUAACGAUGCAUAAAGGUAUUGUAGAUUCAGUGGGCUUGAAGACUCAUCAGCUUUCUUCUAAAGCAGGCUCAUGUGGCAACAAAUGUGGACCAGCCAUAAUCAGUUGUUAUGCAGUGGUAGUCCAGUCGGAACCAUUAUCAGACUUGUUUUAGGUUAAUUGCUUGUCCAGGUAAGUGGACACAGACAUAAUUGUCAGCUUACCUGUGGGAAGUCUUGGAACUAACAACAGUCACACGGCAUGUAUGGUAUCAUUAGUUGUAUACAGUCAUUGUCCCUACAUCAUUCAGGGAUAGAGCUCUGGCAUACAUGGGGGUUGUUUAGAUAGACACAAAUUGUAUGGGAAGAUAGGAUGUGUAUGGUUACGUUGUUACGAUAAGGUUAGUGAUCAGUGACUCUGGUAGAUGUGGGAUGAAUAAAACCGUUAUAGUCCAAGAUGCAUCUGUAGGUGAUGAACAGCUGUGGUAGUACCUGUCAGUAGAGUCUGUGCAGUCGCCCAAUAAAGCUGAGUCAUGAACCUGAAUAAAACAAGUUCCCUAUUCUUUUUUUCAGUGCAGGUUGCAAUGUCUACAUGAAAUCCCCAAGCUUAACACACAUGAUCCAGUUUGAUUGUACAUCUUAGAAUGUUGUACAUAGUCCAAGGCAUGUUUCACCAACUGUCCUGGUGCUAAUAUUGGUGUGUGGGUCCUUUCUUCAUCCUGGAUGUACACUGUAGCACAAGGGUUGCUGUGAGGAACUGAGGCCUGUUGACUGCCCUUUUUGUCAGUGUUAGAAGCAGGUGUAUUAUGCAGUGCUAAAGUAGUCAUUGUUCCUGUGGACUGUAGUUCCCUCGUGAGAAGACUGUCCCUGUUGUCUGGUGCAAUAGUUAGUGUAGUUUACUCAUAGUUUCCUCAUAGGUCAGGGGAGAUCACUCAUAGUUUCCUCAUAGGUCAGGGGAGAUCACUCAUAGUUUCCUCAUAGGUCAGGGGAGAUCACUCAUCAACACACGUAAACACAUCCGAUUAGAAAACUGCUUAGCUCUCAAAUGUUGUCAAUGCAGUUUCUUGAAUCGGUUAAUUAUGUGGUAUUUCAGGUUUGUCCACGAUUUCUUUUUAAGUAGGUGGUUAGGAUUUGAAGAAAUAGCCAUUUGAAAAUGUCACUUGAAUUACAAUUGGAUUAUUUGAAGUUUUGUAGUCAGAUGAAUGGUUUUGUAACACAGACUUUUUGUAUGAUAAUUUGUAUGGAGAGUGGUAGGCCACUGGGCCCAGCCCCACUGGAGGCACAAGCCACAAGGUGAUGUGUCCCAGGUAGCUACACUGAUCAUGUCCAUGAUACCUGCACAGCCUGACAAUGUAUGUCAUACUCAUGUAAUAAAGGUGAUUUUUAAAAAGAA